AUGGUGCUGUCGCUCGGGGUAACUGCAUCGUGAUGGCCAGGCUAAAAUCUCUACGCAGGCGCACUAGCCUCCCGAACAGCGGCAUUCAAGAUGGCGGGAGGGUGUUGGGCGUGGAUGCAAUUUGGGCUUUUCCUCCUCCUGGCGGAGAGUUAUCAAAUAUUGGCAGGAGUGGUGACAACACGUGAUCCAAACCCUGUGGCAGAUGAGUUUACUGCUGUAUUAUUAUCCUGCAUUACUACCCACAAUCCAAGUGGCGAGCUUCGUGUUGAAUGGAAGAAAUUGAAUGCUGGCACCGAUUUAGUUUAUUUUGAAAACCGGCUUAGAGGAGAUCUGGUUGGUCGUGCAGAGGUCCAAGGCUGGUCUAUACAUAUACACAAUGUGACUCGGAAAGAUGCUGCAGUAUAUCGCUGUGAAGUAGUACGUAAAGAAGAGGGAUAUUUGGGUGACGUUUCUGUUAACCUAACAGUGCGAGGUAUCUUCUUUCAAAUUUUUAACCUAGUGAAGUGUUUUAAUAAUUACCAGGGCUCAGUUAUGCACCAAUACAAAAAGCUUUUUCGUUUCAGUUACCAGGCCUCUUCAAAAGCAGAUGAUGUCGACUAUGUCAGAUCAAAUCCUGUGGACAGUGAGGGAGAUUUCCGACAUAAAUCAUCCUUUGUUAUCUGAAAAGGGAGAAGAUCAGAGAAGUGAAGACAACAGAUGCGCUUUGUAAAGGAACUCAAACGUGUAGUGAAUUUAAAUAUUUGUUAUGUAUGGAUCACAAAUCUAUAAAGCUAAUAUCCAGAGACUUGUAACAAAAUGACUCUCAUUGCCAAAGCUGUUGACCACUGUUUUCUACCACUAAAUAUUUUUCAUUUAAUUUGCAUUUUUGAUGUCAGAAGUUGUCUUGGUACUGGUAAGGAGGUCCCCUAAUUGCCUGCUGUUGCAUUACAAGGCUAAAAGCCCUAACAUCAGGUUCUGAAAAAAAAACUUGCACAAUUAAGGGCCAAGAACUAGUAAACAUCAAUUAAAUCAAAUUUAGUCAGACCAAUUGAUUAUUUUUUGAGAAUGUGUAUUUUCCUGUAAUUGGUUCAAGGUUUUGAUCUCUCAAAUGGAUUUAAAAAUCAUCAGGACUGCCUGCGAAGAAUGUCUAAGUUGAUGAGUACUUUUUUUCUGUUGAGAUCUCUCCAGAUCCUGUAUUCAUUUGAAAUGAGAGUUUAUUACAUGGAAAGUUGUACAGAAUAUGCAAAUAUGAUUUGAAAUAAUGUUAAUUCAUUCAUCUGGAGCUCUGUAGUUUUACCUCAACCUAUGACAAGAAAACUGCCAUGAAAUUACUCUUCAAGGAAAAGAAAAUAGAAGUCUUAAGGAUAUCACUGAUAGAAUAAGAGUUUCAACGAUUGAAGUGUUCAGUCCUUGUUCCAUUGAGUUGCUUUUCUUCUGGUUAAAUAUUAAACUAACGAAAUUCUUUGGAUUUUUUUGCUUCAAACCAACCAAUUGCCUACUUUAAUAAACUCUAAGUCAAGAAAGCAGCCAUUAAAUAUUGAAGAAAGGAUAUUAAACAGUAUUGAAAAAUGCCAACAUUUAAAUCAACACUAGAUUUUUUUCAUCAAAUGUAGAAACUCAAAUGACUAAGUAGAAUGGUAAACAAAAACCUUUUUGGAAUUCAGGAACCAAGUGAAUUUUCACAAUUGUAAUAUUCCCACCUUGACCCAAAAAAGCACAAAGUUCAGGCCAGUGUUAUUUAUCAGGAAUUUUUACUAUCUAGCCACUCGAUUAGUAGCUAACUAAUUUUCAGUUUUGAAGACACAAUCAAGGAGGUGAUCUUUAGCUAUCCUUUGAAUUCAAAGUUUUGAAUCACUUGUCACAAGUUUUGCCUCUAUUAAUCUCAACUCAAGGGCAUUAAGCUUGUUAGAUUUUCAAAUUAAAUACCACUUUGAACCUUUACAGUUCAUUAACAACUACAGAUCAAUUAAGCAGUAGUUUGAAUUCCUACAAAAUAGGGAAAAGGGUUGCUUCUCAAAAAUGUACUAUAUUUAGCAGUCUUUGCUAUAUAAUACAAACCAAGCAUUAUAAAGCAAGGCCCACAUUUAUAUUUCACUUUGACAACCAAUAAGUGUCAUCUUUUAUUAUGUAGGAAGUUUGUGGGCAGUUAAGAUUCCAUACAAAAAUUGAGAAAUCAAUUUUGUAGUGUUAGGCAAUUGAUACAUUUUGGUCAGGACUAGGAGACCUCAUGUGUUUCUUUGAAUAUUGUCACAAGAUCUUCAAUAUUUACGUGGAUCAGCAGACAGCCUUGGUUCAACCGAACCUUUUGCUGAGAGAAUGCUGCACUAUCAAAGUGCCAGUCUAAAUUGUGAAACUUGAACCAGCACCCUUUUUAUUUACUAAAGUCUUUAACACACACACAGUAUUAUUGAUAGAACAAAAUGGAUCUGGUUGCAUCAGAAUCCACUGAUUACAUUUUAUAAUUUAAUAUUUCUAAAUGAUUCUUGUACUUUUUACAAAAAUAUUAUCACUAAACAUGUUUCAAAACAUUGAUUCCUAACGUGUAGUUAUUGCACACAUUUUUUGUAAAAUGAUAGUGAUGUGUAUAUUUCAGAUGCAUUUAUAUACUACUGCUAUUCUGAAAAGAAUAUUUUGUGUAAAGUUGAUCUUUUGGGGGCUAGAGAUCAUUUAGUGGAAUUUAAAUCAAUUGUGGCAUGCUUAGUUCACUUCACUGAAGGUUGAAAGUACAGAUGUUGAACUCCAUUACAACUAAUGUAUAAAGGUAGCCCCAAACCAGUUUUAUUUUGUCCAGUCCUCCUCGUAAAUCCACGGUAGGCUCUGUGCAUAUGUAGAUUAUACCCCAACAUUCAGCCACUUUGCUCCCCACACCCCUGAGAAGCUGCUUCAGUUUGUGUUCAUUUCUUUUUUAAAGCUCAAUUGAUAUUCACUAAAUGUGAAACCAUCCUCAGUUGUUUCUGUUCAAUUUUAACAUAGCCAAAAAGAAAACAUGCUGCUCCUUCCAAAGGUUUGUUCAAUUAGUUUGUUGUUGGCUUUAAUCUGUUAUAGGUUGGAUUAGAAAUGCAUAUCACACUAGCUAAACAUAUCUGUAUGGACUCUAAUGUAAAAUUUAGUGAAUAGAAAUAUAGGGACAUUUUUCUGGAUUUCAUAAUCUAGAGAAAACAGUAACUUUGUAUACAAUCUAAUUUUUGCCUUGCCUAACCUAAUGUAAUUAAGUGAUUUGGUUGCAUCAGAAGACAGGGAUUGCAUUUUUUAGUUCACUACUUUGUAAUUUUCAGAUUUUGAAAAAAAAAAUCACUAAACAUUUAAGUGUUUCUUUUUUUUUGUUAUUGCACUGAAGUUAGUAUGUUUUGUAAAAUUACAUUAUUUUCUCCAUGGCCAAGCUAUGUGUUCUCAUUAACAAGUUGAGGAAUAAAUGUCACUUUUGGAUUGUAA